GUUCUUCCGACAAUCUCAAUUUUUUUUGACGCAGAACAGGGAUGAUACGGAUAAGCUUAAUCUUAGCGCCAAACCCCACUCUCAACACCGCGACCCUGUCUGUGUGGGCUUGAACUACACACAGGCAUCGAAUCAAUACAGCUUUAAUACCACAAUAUCUGAAGAUUCACCACCGACGUCGCGAUCUAUCUCUACAAUGAUCACCUGGUGGCGGUGACACCACUUUUGAGAUAGAGAGGCAUCUCACGAACCUCACAAACCUCACAAACGAUAUUGAUCAAAAAUGACGCGCCUGGAACCGUUGAUCGUUUCCGCACUUGGCCGCUCACCAUACAAUGACGAGCUCAUAGUUAACGACGACCCGGGGCAGGGCGGAACAGUCCGGAUAGGGCAACAGUACGACGACCGUGGCAGGCCCAUCAACCCCGAGACAACACAACGCACGAAGGACCUUGUGCGGGCAUCGAACGAAGUCUUGCAAGCAGCAGGUAUCAUCGAACCCAAUGCGGAUUAUAGGGCACGUGACGAGGCUCUGAAGGCUGCAAGAGAAGAGGAUUUCGAGAAGGCCUUCAGACGGCGGACAAUAGGCGGGGUACUGCUCACGGCGGGCGUAUGGGGAACAAGCGGCCUAAGGAGGAGAACGUUGCUGUAUCGGGAAUACUCCAACCAUCCCCUGUUGGAUAUCAUUCGUCUUGAGCGCGUAGACCGUUCUGUUCCCCGUAUUCUAGGGGCAGGAUUGCCAGCCCUGUUGCUAAAUAGAGCUUUCAGUAACUUUGCGCUUGUGUAUGAGCAGAUAUUCGACAUCAAGAAUCCAUCAACAAAACGAAUAAUCGAAUACUGCUUCUAUCAUGUCAUGUUCCAUUACCAAUAUUUCGCCGCCCUUCAGCAGCUCAACCUCUUCAACCCCCGACAGCUUGUUCCGACAUUGCUUUUCAUGGUUCCGUUCUCUUCUCAAUCUCCUCUCUAUCUACCCGCGUUUACAGCCACUGUUUCUACGUCUAAUUUGCUAUCUUGGGUGGGCUCGAUCGGCUUGGUCCUUGCACCAUGUAUUCUUCUUGCGGCAUGGAAACGUACCACCCAAUUACUCUCAAAUCUCAUUUUCGACCCCCUAUACGAGUUUCUACCUCAUCCAUCCAAUGCCCGCCCACAAUCUCCCGACCUACUUGGUACUAUCAAUGAAUUGCGGCAAACAAUACAAGAACAAGACUACGACGACCUAUCAAACGCACCAAGGUUGCCAGAUCCCAACGGCAUUUCAAACACGUCUGAUUAUUCCUCGGGAAGUACGGAAUCGGAUUUAAGCCCAGAGACACAUCGACACGGUCCUCCAUCCGCCGCCUCGCCUGUAACACCAACAUCCGAUCCACGUACCCUCCGUGCCCUCGAAGGUGAACCCCGUUCCCCGCUACCUCAAGAAGGAGAGCGAGAACGAGACUACUCCCCGUCAAGGCGGCGAGACUCGCUUGCUACAACAGCAGACGAGGAAGCGAUCGCACAAACAACCUUUAUUUCCUUCGACGUUGAGGCGACCGAUGAACCGGCGGAAGCAAUCGGCUCGUACUCGGCUGAACUCCGGAAUGCAAACUACGCUGACGAGCCACGGUCAGACGCCAAGGUCUACAACUUGACAGCUAAUUCUCUCCUACCGGCCCAUUUAGCUGCUGAUGCGCUCAGUGUUCUCGCUGCUGCGGUUUUUACAAUGCCCCUCGAGGCCUUGACGGUUAGGGCUAUCGGCCAAAGCUGGAGAGUGAAAAUGGGCCUACCUGUAGGGGAUAUGUUCUCGAUAUUCCUUGGGGGGGGGUCUAGGCUGACGUGGAAUGGGGUUGCAAGUGUUGCUACAUUGUUUGUUACGGAGGUGCUGAUCACUGGUGUUGUUUGGGGAGUUUAUUCUGGAGGUAUGACGUUAUGGGAUUGGAAGAGGGAAGCUGAAGCUAAGAAGGCCAAAGACUCAAAGUAGUUUGAGGACGAUACGGCCAUUUUGGAUAUCCCUUUCUUUCCUAGCUAUGCAUUGCUAAAUACGUGCAAGAUACCAUUCCAAAGACAAAACUCCAAACCAUGCGCCGUCUGCCUAUGCUCGUAACUUCCACCCUGUUGUGAAAGCGCUUUCCGCCCUCGCCCAUCCAGCUGCUACUGCGGCACAAACCAGAAACACGCCAACCAUUAUCGUGGUUUUCUCAAAACUCCGUGUUGCACCAUCGAGCCCGCCAUCGCGGAUGAGCGCACCAAUAAUCGGAGUCCCAAAAAGUGCCCCUAUGCCUCUAAGCAUAUACAACAGCCCAUUAAUAGACGCAAAAUUAUGGAUGCCGAAUUGCUCGGCAAUUGCUGUGGGAAAAAGAGCGACGUAGGCUGAUGCGGUAACGCUGUAUAGCAUGGUGAAAGAGAUGAACAAGGCGCGGCGGACGGCAAGGGAAAAGAGCAUCGUCGAAGGUAGCCAGAAGACGAGAGUGGCAAUAGCUGACACUAAAGUGGUCAAGAAUAGGGCGUUUAGACGCCCAUACCGAUCUGCAAGCGCCCUAAGAACGAUCUUUCCGCCAAAGUUGCACGUAGAACCUUUUAGCGAGGUUCUCGUUAAUGUAUUCUUUCAGUACAUCUAGCUCUGC